UACAGUUGAAAUCGGCUUGAAAUAAUGCUCGCGUUGUUUUCGUGUGUGGCCUGUGGUGCUGUUGCUUCCACCUGCAACUCAGCUGGCAGCGAUGUCAAAGUGCGCGCAUUAAAUAUUUAGAAAGAGACAGCUGCGUAGCUCUCCCAUGCAUUUAUCAGGUCUACCUUCCGAACUUUGAUUAUGUGGAAACGCUCGCUCAAAGUCAUAGUAGCCCUCGUCUUGAGCUUGAUGUUCACCGUCUCCCUAGUGAAGAUUGUUCUAUUGAUCUGGACAUCGUAUCCCGCCUGGCUGCAACGCUACACCGACGCCGAGCGCCCUUUGCCCACCGUUGAGGAAUGGCUGGAUUCGGAGCAAUUGUCAGCCUACAAAAAGUUAUUUCGCGAUAAAGGGAUCUCCUCGUUGUCGAGCUGCGGGGAUCCUGAACGUUUGCCGGAACUGCCGCCGUUGGACGAGCAGCGACUGCAGCGAGCGGCUUUGCAUUUGCAGCAGAAGCUGAUCCUGCGCGAAUGGCUGAGGGACCAUCACAUGCGGCAUCAUUACCAACGUCUGCUGGGAGUUGAGGUGGCCUCCCUGGAGGACGUCUACUGGCUGGAGGACUCGCGGGCCAGCAGCAUUUUGGGCAAGGACUGGCACCUCUGGUCUUCGGCGCGACAGAAUCUGCCCACAUCGAAGUCCCAGCUGGACGCACUCAAAGCCCAGCUCUGGUCGACGGUGGUCAAGUCGAGCCAGCACCAGGACGCCUGGACAUGGGGUGGUAUGCUGGUGGUCUCCGUCUCCGUUGCCGGCUUGGUUACCCUAGCAGCCAUGACCCAGCCCUCGCUGGCCCCCGAGGCCAGGCACUCGCUGCUGCAGUAUGUGACCGGAAAGUAUCUUCUGCCCGCCAACUGCAAGGUGCAGUGGGACUGGAAGGAUCCGGCGCAAGUGGGCGGCACCAUGUGCUUUGUGGUGCGCUUCUUUCAGCGGAAUGGUCAGCCCUAUCCGAUCUGUGAUACGGACCAGUUCUUCGUGGAGGUCACCGAGGGCACCCGCAAGGUGGUCACCAUCAGCGAGCUGGGCUCCUCCACCGAUCCCAACAAUGCCAAUAUCGCCAAGGUCAAGUUUACCGUCCGCACUGCCGGCCAGUACAAGAUCUCUGUGCUCAUCGGGGCCAGCCACAUCGCCGGCUCCCCCUUCAUGCGCAACUUCCUGCCGGGGUCCAUCGAUGCCCGCAGGUCGCGCUUCAUCCGCCCAGCCAGCACCGUCAUUUGCUGUGCAGGCUCUCCCACCCUGAUGCACAUCGAGCCAAGGGAUGAGUUCGGGAAUGCCUGUCUGUUCGAUCAGUCGCAGUCGGAUGAGGCAUUGCAGGGCUAUCAGGUGGCUGUGUAUGAUCUUCAUGGCGUGGCCGUGGAGAAGCUACACCAUGCCAUUGCCUUUAACUAUGACAGAGUCAACUCCAGGGUCUCGGUGACCGCUCUCUUUCCAGAGCCCACAUGCCUAAGGGCCGUGAUCAGCUACAAGGAUCAGCAGCUGCCAAAUGGAGACUUUGACAUCAUUGUCUUGAGCAGCAGCGACACCACGCUGGUGCACAAGAACAUUGCCUCGCGGAAGCACAACAUCUGCUAUGAGGCCAAGCUCCUGAGCAUCUUUGGCUCCUCGAAGAGCAAGCCCCGGAAGGUACUCUGCUAUGUGGGACCCAAGCAGGCUCAGAACUCGUUGAUCUUUCAGGUGACCAUCAAGGAGAUGAUCCUCAAGUUCAUACCCAAAAGGAUCGCCACAUUUCGGCUGUGUCCGUCGACCAAGUUCCACUUUCUGCCGCAGUUGGUGUCGCAGUUGCACGGGCCCGUCUUCAUCAUCGACGAUGGGGCACAACCGAGGAUCGAAUUGGCCUCGAAAGAUCGCAAUAUCAUAGCGGCCACCUUUACACACUUUUUGCUGAAGAACAUUGGCGGUUCGGAGACGUUCAAGGAUAAGCAGGACUUUUUCUACCACGAGGUGCGCAAGUUCCAUGCCAGCUACUACCACGAGAAGAUGGCCCUCAAGGUGCAGCGCGAGAAGAUACUCGAGAGCAGCAUGAAGGCCACCAAGGGCUUCUCCGUGUCCGAUUGGUGUGGCAACUUUGAGGUGACAUUCCAGGGCGAGCAGGGCAUCGAUUGGGGUGGACUACGUCGCGAGUGGUUUGAGCUCGUCUGCAGUUCCCUGUUCGAUGCCCGCGGCGGCCUCUUCUGCACAUUCCAUGACAAGCAUCAGGCUCUGGUUCAUCCGAAUCCCACACGAGCAGCUCAUCUGAAGCUGAAGCACUUUGAGUUUGCCGGAAAAAUGGUGGGCAAGUGUCUGUUCGAGAGUGCCCUCGGUGGCAGCUAUCGACAGUUGGUGCGAGCACGCUUCAGUCGUUCAUUUCUGGCUCAGCUAAUAGGACUGAGAGUACACUAUAAGUACUUUGAACAAGAUGAUCCGGAUCUGUAUCUCUCUAAAAUCAAAUACAUCUUGGACACUGAUCUCGAUGCCACAGACACUUUGGAGCUGUACUUCGUGGAAGAGCUGUACGAUGCCAGCAAUGGACAGCUGAGCAAGACCAUUGAGCUCAUUCCGAAUGGGGCCAAGACCCGUGUGACCAAUGCCAGCAAGAACCAGUAUCUAGACUCGUUGGCACAGCAGCGACUGUGUAACAGUGUCAAGGAUGAGGUGGACAGCUUUCUGAAGGGCCUGAACUCCAUUAUUCCCGAUAAUCUUUUGAGCAUUUUCGACGAGAAUGAACUGGAGCUCCUGAUGUGCGGCACUGGGGAGUACUCCAUCAGCGAUUUCAAGUCCCAUCACAUUGCCAAUGGCAACUCGGCCGAAUUUCGGCGGGUUCUGGCCUGGUUCUGGGCCGGAGUGAGCAACUUCAGCCAGACCGAGAUGGCCCGCUUGCUGCAGUUCACCACGGGCUGUUCGCAGCUGCCGCCCGGAGGGUUCCAGGAGCUGAAUCCCCAGUUCCAGAUCACGGCUGCCCCCACAUUUGGGAAUCUGCCCACGGCGCACACUUGCUUCAAUCAGCUGUGCCUGCCGGACUACGAGAGCUACGAGCAGUUCGAGAAGUCUCUGCUUUUGGCCAUCAGCGAGGGCAGCGAGGGCUUCGGCAUGGUCUAAAGUGGGAUGGAAAAUGGAAGAUGGAAUGAAAUUUCACGGAUUUUAGUUGUUAUUUUACUUUUUUUGUGUCUGCUGCGACUGUGUUCCUCUCUCUUUGAGCGCUUUAUAUGUAUGUCUCAUGCUAGAUGCUAAGUAAACUAGUCGAUAAGUCUGUCUAGAGAUAGAUUGGAGGAAAUAUGAUUUGCAUUUCCCGUUGAAUUGUUGCUAGAAAAAAAACUCAAUAUUCGAUAUUUUGUGUGUGUGUCCAUAAGUUGAGCAAUAAUUAGUUACGUUACGGAUUAGCCGGAAGACGUAGUAGUUUUUGAAUCGAGUCAAAAUGCAAAUUAAAACUGAAUAUAUAUCAUCAUCAAAAAGAAUGUGAUAAUUGUAUUAUAAAGUAAUGCAACCUAAGCGUAAAGGAAACCAACUUUUAAACCAACCUUCGGGUUAACCUAAAGAUGUACCAACUAAAACACCAAAACCAAAACUAAACUUAGUUAAUUGUUAGCUGCGCUGUGUGUAAAACUCAAAACUAAAACCAAAGCUAAAACAGAAACAGAAACAAACACUAAACUUUGUAGAAUAUUGUACGGGAAAGAACAAGAUAUUUGUAAAAUUUAAAUACGAAUCAAUACCAUAGUCAAAGCAUAAACUAAAAGCAAUGUUAAUAUGCAUUUCCUCUAACAAAAUAUACAAAUAUACGAUACAAAAAUAUUGAAUAAAAUACGAUGUAAAAGUUGCCAAAUUCUGGCACAAAAAACUUCAAAUGGAAAUCCGCCCUCCCUCUAAACAAAAACCCUCUGUGCCCCCCUGCUAUAUCCCCUCUUCUAUAAGCAAUACGGAAGCAAAAAAUGUUUAAUUGUAGUUUUUAAAUGUUGUUGAAAAGCAAAGCAAAAAUCAAACAAAUCAUAUACUAAACAACCAAAUAUUUAGAAAUUGUAAUGGAAUUGUAGUUGUUGAAGGAACUCUAAAAAAACGAAAACGAAAUGCUUAUAUAUCACGAUUGAAGAAAAACGGUUUAAGAACGGUUCAAGGUAAAUAAAAAUCUACAGUUUAGAACGGAAA